GACAACAAAAACACGGAAGAAGCAGGAACCAGCUGACAUAACACGCUAACGGCUGCUCUGUGUUGUUGUCAAAUUCCUAUUGUAACAACAAGCUCGCAUUAUGGAGGACCAAGAGAUGCAGCUGAAAGUUAGACGAGUGUCUGACAAAUUCACGGAGAGCAUGUACGUACUGGCUAACGAGCCGUCAGUGGCUCUCUACAGACUGCAGGAACACGUCAGGAGGUCGCUGCCUGAACUGGUGCAGCACAAGACAGAUAUGCAGAGCUGGGAGGAGCAGAGUCAAGGAGCCAUCUAUACUGUGGAGUAUGCAUGCAGUGCUGUGAAGAGCAUGACGAACAGCAGCAUGUAUUUCAAAAAUAUUGACAGUCUGCUCCGUCAAGCCAUCAGCAUGAAGGAACAGAUUAGCAGCUCUCAAGGACGCAGGAAGAGGACCAUGGACUCUGGCAUGCUAAAGGAAGGGGGAGAAAAACACAGCUCUGGGAUGUGACUCGACUUCCUUAGCUGGUGGUGUUGUUUUCUACAGUCCCUUGCUCUGCUACUUCUUGAUUGCCGCUAAAGUGGGGUCAUAAGGACGACACCUCCUCAUCACAAUGGAGUGACUGCCUCCAGUGACCCCACAGUACAAGCCGCUCAGUGGAACAGAGCACCACAGCGCUGCCAGGUUCAGCAUUAAAAACACUUAAGUCAUGGACGCUGCUCAAAGAAUGCAUUGUUCUCUUGGACUCGCUGGAUGGACCAGAAAGAAAGCAGCAGGGCUGUUUUUGCCUCUGCUGUUGAAAAUCCACUGCAGUGCCCAUGUUUUGGACACUAGUUUUCAGGGUUUUUUUGUGUUUGUUGUUAGACUGAAAAGUACCCAGCAUGCAAAUUAUAAAAGCUUAGUACACAUACACAUUGAAAACAGAGAAGUGUGCUAGAAAGCAAUAACAGGUGCCUAGCUCUAACCCGUGUUUCAGUUCUUAAAUGUACCUUCAUGCCAGAUUGGGUGAAAUGUUCCAGAGAAUUCAGACUCUUAAAAAAAAGAAGAGAAUCACAUUUUUCACUUUUAUUUUCUUACCUGCCAAGUAGACAGAAACCCCCAGGCAGAACAGUC